AUGCGAUACUUAAGGCUACCGCUGAGGCAUCCUCCGAAGCAUCCUUGAUUGUCUUCUUUUUCAAAUACUCAAAUAAGGGCGCCAGGGAUGCAUCCAAGGAUGCCAAUGCGGUAGCUCUAAGAUUCGUAACCACUGCAGAUGUAGGCCCCGGCUACCGCGAUGCCAUCCAUGACUACUCCGAAAGGCAGGGCUACAGUCUACGAGAGGCCAGUUGCAAAGACGUUGCGGAACUCUUUCAUGAAGCGCGUGCGCAGGUCGCACACUCCUUGAAUUUAUGGAACGAAGAAGGUUGCAUCAUUGAGGCUCCUUCGAGUUUAGAGAAAAAAAUAGGUACUUAAAAAGCACCGAAGUGAGAGUAUGAGACACGAAAGGGUCCAAGAUCAAAAUGAAAGCUAAUGUAUGAGAAGUUAGUUUAUAAUAUAAGUCGUAGAAAAAGAAAUCAACAUAGAAAUCUUCAUAAAAAGCUGGCGUCGAAGCGGUAGUAGCUGGUGUUCCCGGUGGCAAAGCAGUCGCUCGCACAGUGUCUCGUGACGCCGACGCCUUUUUCGCAGACAUCGGCGGCGUUGACCGCUGGCGCUCGUUUCUGCAUAGGAAGUUGCAGGUUUCGCUGCAGCUGCACCCG